AUGGGUUACCAGCGGACUGUAUUAGCAGUUAUUGCUGUUUCUGUAUUAAUACAAUAUCUACCGAGUUUACUGAGUAAAUCACCUCCUCCUUUAAUCAACGGAUAUGUAGCGUCAGGUUUUGACGAAGUGAGGCGUGUUUUCAGAGACCUACAUGAAAAUGGUUUAGACGCUGGGUCAUCAUUUGCUGUAUACCACAAAGGUGAAAAAGUAGUUGACCUAUGGGGUGGAUAUGCAAAUUAUGAAGCACCGGCUAUAUGCGUUGCUAUGGCAGUAGACCGUGGCUAUUUGGAUUAUGAUCAGAAAGUGUCUCACUAUUGGCCAGAUUUUGCACAGAAUGGAAAGGAGAACAUAACAUUGAAACAACUUGUUCACCAUGAGGCGGGACUUGCAGUUCCAUACGUACACCCGGAUAUUACAACAGUAAGAGACACUGACAAAUUAUUUAAACUAUUAGCUAAGACAACACCUACAUGGGAGCCCGGAACAGCACAUGGCUACCACGCCAUCACGUAUGGCUGGUUUUUAAGUGGUGUAUUGCGACAUGCAGACCCAAAACAUAGAACUAUUGGACAGUUUUUCAAGGAAGAAGUGGCAGAUGUAUUUGGUAUUGACUUUCACAUCGGCUUACCCAGGGAGGAGUAUUACAGAGUAGCCAGAAUACAACGUCCACAUAAGCUGUCCUAUAUGAAGCACGUGUUCAAUGCAAAAUACAGACGGAUAAUACAGGAUCUCAUCUUUAGACCCGACGGUCUAACCCAUAAAGCGUUAAACUUUCCCGAUCUGCUUGCGCCAGAUGAACGGCAAAACACGUACUCAUUACAGUCAUUAGAAAUCCCAUCAGCUACAGGUAUUGGUACAGCCAGGGCAUUGGCUAAAUUAUAUGCUAUAUUGAAUAACGGAGGUGAGUGGGAAGGAAAACGAUUGCUAUCCAGUGAACUGAUCAAGAAAUUCACCGAAUGUAAUGAGCACAGAGUAGAUGAAGUGUUGCUGUAUAAGAGGGUAUAUUGUCAUGGUAUGCUCGGUAAACAACCAUACAAAUCUCACCGCGUAUUCGGUCACACGGGUUAUGGAGGUCAAGGCGCAUUUUUUGAUCCAUAUACAAACACUACACUUGCAUUUAUCGCGUCGAAGCUGUCAAUAUAUAGUAUGGGCGAUGAUGAACGAUAUUUAGCGCUUGUGAAAUCCACAUAUGAUAGCAUCACUAAUUUGGAAAAUUAA